AUGGAGGACCAAUUCGGCGGAAGGACAGAUGACGACUUGUUUGCCGACGACUUCGAGCCUGUCGAGACCGCUCAACCGCAGCCUCCCGCACAGGAAACGCCUGUUGCUGCUCAAGCUCAGCCCACUGCGGAAGACGCCCCAGUAUCGACGGCAUCGGCCCCUCCCAAAACCACACCGGCUGCCCAGCCGGCGCAUGCUCCCGCUCCACGGUCCCUCGCUCAGUCGCGCCACGCCCCCUCACGACAGCCUCGUCAACCUCCAAAGAACGCCCCUGCUCCCGCACCCGCGACUCCCGCUGCCCCGGCCCAGGAGAAGCCCAAGCCAACCCAACCUCCCACAACCCAGCAGCCGCCUUCGGCCUCGGCCGCCACUGCGCCGCCGCCCUCUGCGCCGACGGGGCCCUCCGCCGCCAAUGCCAAGGGCAGCGGCAGUGGCAGCGGCAGCAACGCGAGCGCCCGGCUUGGCAGCGGCGCCAACCCGCGGCAGAAGCUGACCGAUGAUGAGCUCAACGCCAAGAUGGAGCAGAUGCGCAUCGCGUCGGCCGAGAAGGCGCGGCGCUUCGAGCAGGCGCAGCGCGACGAGCGCGACCACGAGAUCGCCUACGCCAAGGGCAUGGAGGAGGCGCGCCGGCGCAAGGCCGCCGACGACGAGAAGCGCCGCCGCCUCGAGCUCGAGCGCCGCCAGAUGAACGACGAGCGCGAGCGCAACCGCGCCCGCAAGCUCAAGGCCAUGGGCAUGAAGGAGGACGGCUGGGACGAGGGCAAGGCCGAGCGCGAGGAGGAGGAGGACCGGCGGCGGGGCGGGUUCCGCGGCGCGCACGGCGGCGUCAGGGGCACGAGGACCGGCGGCGGCGGCGGUCUGUCCGGGAGUAGAUAUGCCGACGAGGGGGAGAGGGUUAGGGAGUUCGAUGCUGGGGAGUUCAGAGGGCGCGGGAGGGGCCGAGGGAGGGGAGCUCCACGCGGUGGCGGUGGCGGCCGUGGUGGUCGGGGCGGCCUUGGCGACAGGAACGGAGCAUCCGGCGAAGGCCACCAACGACAGGUACAGCCCGCACCUGCGUCAGGCCCGGCAAAGGAGGAGUUCCCUACAUUGCCAGGCUCUGGUGCCCCCAAGGCCACCAAGGCGGAGAGUGCCGCUGGCAAAAGCUACUCUGCAGCUGCCACGGCGCCGGCCAAGUCUGCGGUCCAAGUACCGCUGAUGCCUCUAGAGCCUCUCGGCAAGUGGGACGAGGAGGUCGCUGCGGAGCAGGCCAAGCAGUCAUAG